AUGGUGCCGAUGGCCGUGAGAGGGUCCUCCACCACGAUCAAGUCCAAGUUCACCUGGACUGAUGUGGGGAUGACUGUGGGAGCGGACAAGCAGGAGAAGCAGAUCCUCAACAGCAUCUCGGGCACCCUGGAGACCGGGGAGCUCUGUGCGUUGAUGGGGCCCUCAGGCGCCGGGAAGACUUCGCUGCUGAACGUCCUUGCUGGACGCACCAGGACGAACAGACGGCAGCGAAUCACUGGCAGCAUCCUGCUCGAUGGGCAAGCUGUCACCGGCGCCGCCUUGAGGAAAAGAAUUGCCUACGUCAUGCAGCAAGACAUUCUGUGCCCAACCCAGACGGUCCGGGAGUCGCUGAUGUUCUCAGCGAACCUGCGGCUGCCUCGGUCCUUCUCCGCGAAGGAGAAGUGUGCCAUGGUGGACCAGAUGAUCAUGGAGCUCGGCCUGGCGAAGUGCGCGGACACCUACAUCGGGGACGACCUCAUCCGGGGCAUCUCGGGCGGGGAGAAGAAGCGCACCUGUGUGGCGAUCGAGCUCAUCGUGCAGCCGAAGCUCGUCUUUUUGGACGAGCCGACGACUGGGUUGGACUCCUUCGCGGCGCAGAACGUGAUCCAGAAGCUGCGGGACCUCGCGGCAAAGGAAGGCUGCAAUGUGCUCUGCACCAUCCACCAGCCGUCCUCGGAAGUGUUCCACCUCUUUAACAAGGUGAUGCUGCUCCACGCAGGCCGACUCUUCUUCUUCGGCAUGGUGCAGAACCUCUCCCGGGAGCUCGCAGGAGUUGGCCAUGCAUGUCCGGCGGAGUACAACCUCGCCGACCAUGUAAUGUUCCUCCUGCAGAAGGAGUCGGAGACAAAUCUGGAGCUCAUGCACAGCAAGUUUGCCUGGAAGGUCGCGGAGGAGGACGACGAGCUGGUCACCCGGGAGAAGAGUCGGAUCAUUGCGCAGGGACGGACUGCCGGAUUCUGCUUGCAGUUGUGGUCGCUGACCAAGCGCGAGGCCCAAGGGGUGUGGCGCAAUGUCCCGGGCCUUGUUGCGUCCGUGGUUAUGCCGGCCGUGCUCAAUUUGCUUUUCGCGCUGAUCUUCUUCCAGGUCGGAGACGUCAACGCUGCAGACUAUACCGCCUUUGCCCACUUUGGAGGCUUGUUUCAGGUGGCCAUCGGCGGUAUCUUCGGAAUUGCCCAGCCGCUUUUACUCCGCUUUCCGAUGGAUCGGGGCAUCUUCUUGCGCGAGUAUGCGACACAGACUUACGGUGCCGUGCCCUAUUUCCUCUCGAAGACCUUAGUGGAGCUGCCCCAGUCGUUGCUGAACGCAGCGAUCUGCUGGACGAGCGCCUACUGGCUCAUGGGCCUCCACGGUAAUUUCCUCUUUUUCGUUCUCAUCUUUUGGCUGACGGGCACGGCGGCUGCAUCCACUGCGCUGCUGGUGGGCUCAGUGGCCGCCAAUGCAGAGGUCGCCAUGCAAGCCGCCCCGGCGAUUUUCGUUCCGCAGCUCCUCUUCGGAGGGUUCUUCAUCAGAACCGAGCAGAUUCCAGUGUGGCUGCGCUGGUCGCAGUGGCUCUGCUCUCUGAAAUAUGGCGUGAACCUCUAUCUCUUGAACGAGUUCGGGCAGGAGACAGCGAAGGAUUGGCCGGUGGAAGCCCGGGAGACUGCCCAAGUCCAACUCAUCGACGGCAACGGCGUGGAGCCGGAGCUGGCGUGGGUGUACAUCGGCGUGCUGUUAGCCAUCACCGUUGUGGUGCGGCUGCUGUCGAUUCUUUUUCUCGUGAUGCGGGCCAGCCAUUGA